CACCAUUAGAAAGGAGCACGGUUAGAAAUGAACGCCGUGUACACAGACAUGCACUUUCGGAGGUCCGCGUGGAUAUUUCUCAGGUCGGCGCUGGAGCCCCCUGGCGGCGCCUCCGGCGCCGCCCUUAGCGCGUGCCACGCUCCAGGGAGGGGGGUCCAGCGCUGGUCAAAGAAGUCAGCGCGGGCAUCCGAAAGUUUAAGGUCUGUGUCAUUGUCUGUUCCUCGAGCAUCGGGCAGCCACUGCUCCCUCUCGGACCUCAGCGACAGCAGGUGGGGGGUCAGCGAUUGGAGCGAGCACGAGAGCAGCGGCAUCUCAGCGUCGGGCAGCUGCCACUCCGAGAACCACAGCCCUCGGCGCGCAGAGGAGAGCGAGGCCGUCGAGCAGCAGGACGCAGAGUGGCGGAGGGACAACGAGGCCCAGCACGCCGCCGGGACCUGCAAGCCGUGCCUCUACCACAGGACGGAGGCGGGCUGCGCGCUCGGCCGCGCGUGCAGAUUCUACCACCUGCCGCACGCGGCCAGGCGCAGGGCGCGGCCGAGCACGGCCGGGAGGGCGCCCUGCGGGCAGCCGGCCGCGAGGCCGGACGGCAAGCGCGAGGGCGGCGCGGAGGCCGUGCGGGACUCGGCCGACGGCUGCCCCCUGGCCCAGCGGCACGUGCCCAGCGCUCUCCGCGAGGGGGGCCAGCAGCAGGGCCCGCUGGGGGCGGAGCCGGGCGGGGCGGCGCAGGCCGCCGCGGGCGAGGAGCCGAAGCGGCUCCCGAGCUGCGGCUAGGAGCGCGCGAGCCCGUGGGGAGCGGGGAGGGCCAUCCGCCACGAAAAAUAUACACAGACACCCUCCGAUGGAUUGUUCCUGGGCCUCAGGGUCACGGUGG